UCAAGAUGACUUUACUAAGCAGGCAGCCCUUAACUUACAAAUUCUAGAUUCAUAUAUGUCUUAAACAUACAAAAUGAUAUAAGGGGAGGUAAGCUCAGGGUCUGAGUUCCUGGCUGUUGGAACAACUGAUUUCUGUGUGGUGAUUCAGAAGAUGUGAGACAGCCUAAUUUACAAGUACAGAGGUGUCUUCUUUCCUGCAAAGAGCAGUACAACAAUAGUUUCUCUUAAGCAACUGUGAAUGAACAGAAUUAUUACAAAUUAAUGAGGUCUCAUUUGAUGGGCGCCUUAGAUAAUUAAGACCUUUCACACAUAAUAUACAACCUUGUUGUGAAGGCAGAUAUUUAUAUUCUCAUUUUACUGAUGAGAGACUACCUGGAGAGGCUAUGUCACAUCUGAGGGAUUGGGUACUUUCUCUGUUGAGUCCAAUGUUUCUUCCGUUAUUCCAUGCUAGGCAGUAACAAGUUCUGUCUUGCCUGAGUAAUAAGCUCCAAACCUCGGAACCGCACCCAUCUUGAGAAGGAGGAGGGCGCUGAGGUUUUUUCUGAUAAGUGCAGCUGGCAGACACUCUAUACGCUUAAUCACGGGCAAAUCCUAGCUAAGCUGUCUACCAAACUAGUCCCUCUUUUUCCCAUUGCCCACGUGGAUGGCUGUUGGUCUUUCCUGCAACAAAUCCAGGAGUUUCUCCUUUUUGUUUUUAUAAUUGCUCCAAUAGAAGCUUUCGGAUUUAACUCUCCGCUUUUUAAAGCAGAAUCGCCAUCCCAGGUGCGCAACCACGAAAAAGUUAGACAUCCAUGAGAGACAAUGCCCUCCAUGGCCCACUUUCCAGGCAGAGAGAAGCAGCUCUGGGCGGACCGCCAAGGCUCUGGCCCGAGGGGGUCUUUAAGUGGAGUACCCUGUCUUCAAGACCCGGCUCCGAAACCACUGACGCGCUGACGCUGCAGCCCUGGACCUUCUGGGGUCCUCCUCCUCGGCCCCGCACUGCUGACGGCGGGACUGGCAACUGGGCGGAGAUCGGCCCCGGGCCCGCACAGCCCCUCCCGAGAUCCACCUCGCAGCUCCCUCACUUCCUGCCCUCCGGAGGCGGGCCCGGCCAGUGCCGCGGAGGCCAGCGCGGCGAGCUCCUCCCCAGCAGCAGCGGGACGGCCACACCCUGCGCGUCGCGCGGGCUCGGGUGCGGUCUCCGCUGCUGCGCCCAGCGCGCCGCAGCCGCACACCAGACGGCGCCGCAAACGCUGCUGCGCCGCGCGUCCCGCCCAGCCUGGCCUCGCGCUGGUCCCAGUCGCGUCUCUCAGCCUUCGAUCUCCCGUGACUUCCUCGGCCAGGCCGCCCGCGCCUCUGGGACCAUGUUACGCUGGCUGAGGGGCUUCGUGCUGCCCACGGCGGCCUGCCAGGAAGCGGAGCCACCGACGCGCUACGAGACUCUCUUCCAGGCGCUGGACCGCAAUGGGGACGGAGUGGUGGACAUCGGCGAGCUGCAGGAGGGUCUCAGGAACCUGGGCAUUCCCCUGGGCCAGGAAGCCGAGGAGAAAAUUUUUACUACUGGAGAUGUCAACAAAGAUGGGAAGCUGGAUUUUGAAGAAUUUAUGAAGUACCUUAAAGACCAUGAGAAGAAAAUGAAGUUGGCAUUUAAGAGUUUAGACAAAAAUAAUGAUGGAAAAAUUGAGGCUUCAGAAAUUGUCCAGUCUCUCCAGACACUGGGUCUGACUAUUUCUGAACAACAAGCAGAGUUGAUUCUUCAAAGCAUUGAUGCUGAUGGGACAAUGACAGUGGACUGGAAUGAAUGGAGAGACUACUUCUUAUUUAAUCCUGUUACAGACAUUGAGGAAAUUAUCCGUUUCUGGAAGCAUUCUACAGGAAUUGACAUAGGGGAUAGCUUAACUAUUCCAGAUGAAUUCACAGAAGAUGAAAAAAAAUCCGGACAAUGGUGGAGGCAGCUUUUGGCAGGAGGCAUUGCUGGUGCCGUCUCUCGAACAAGCACUGCCCCUUUGGACCGUCUGAAAAUCAUGAUGCAGUACAAGAAGUUACUUACUGAAGAAGGACAAAAGAUUGGAACAUUUGAGAGAUUUAUUUCUGGUUCCAUGGCUGGAGCAACUGCACAGACUUUUAUAUAUCCAAUGGAGGUUAUGAAAACCAGGCUGGCUGUAGGCAAAACUGGGCAAUACUCUGGAAUAUAUGAUUGUGCCAAGAAGAUUUUGAAACAUGAAGGCUUGGGAGCUUUUUACAAAGGUUAUGUUCCCAAUUUAUUAGGUAUCAUACCUUAUGCAGGCAUAGAUCUUGCUGUGUAUGAGCUCUUGAAGUCCUAUUGGCUGGAUAAUUUUGCAAAAGACUCUGUAAACCCUGGAGUCAUGGUGUUGCUGGGAUGUGGUGCCUUAUCCAGCACCUGUGGUCAGCUGGCCAGCUACCCAUUGGCUUUGGUGAGAACUCGCAUGCAGGCUCAAGCCAUGUUAGAAGGCUCCCCACAGCUGAACAUGGUUGGCCUCUUUCGACGAAUCAUUUCCAAAGAAGGAGUACCAGGACUUUACAGGGGCAUCACCCCAAACUUCAUGAAGGUGCUCCCUGCUGUAGGCAUCAGUUAUGUGGUUUAUGAAAAUAUGAAGCAAACUUUAGGAGUAACCCAGAAAUGAUGUUGCAUUUUUUGCUUUAGCGUGAUCAUUGAAACUUUCAACAAUCCCUGGAGUGACUUUUUCUCCUCAAAUUGAAACAAGUCUAUGGCAAAAGAAGCUGCAUUUUUUUCACAAAAGGGAAGAUGAUAACAAUGGUCGCUUCAAACUUUUGGGCUUAAUUAUAUAUACACAGAAAUGUUAAAAAUCAUAGUUUUAAUGUGUUUUGAAAAGGCCACACAAUUAUACUUUGUCUUUUCUUAAUAAUCCUGCAAAUCUCUGCCCUGAAUCCGAAAUCUGAAAAUGUACUUGCUUGAACAAAAUUUGUUUUGUGUGGUAGAGUUAUAAAUCAUUAAUCUUUAUUUUGGGUGGUUCAUGUUUAUGCCAGUUCCUUUAUACUUAAAUGUCUUGUUUUAUAUAUUUUGAAUGUCUUUAUAGAUUUCUUUAAAUUUUCUUAUAGAAGAACCAUUAAUAGAAAAUCAUUACAUUUAAAAUAUACCUUACAGCAAAAGCAUCCAAAGAAGUGUAGGGUUUAUGUCCUUAUUUUUCUCUCAGGUAAAUAGGAGUGAACACAGUGGUAGAAUUUCUAAAGAGAAGUGAUGGAAUUAUAUUUAUUUCAGUGGGCACUUUUCCAUUUUACAUGUACCAUUGUUUGGUUCCUGGAGUUAUACACUGAUUUUCAGUGUAUUACUGUUAAAUUAUCAAUACAAGACAACUUAUUUGAAAGUUUCUGUUUAUUCUGCCAUUGCUUUGAAAAGCAGCAAGAAAUGAAAUCCUUUGACUUGUAUCAGCUUCUGAAGAGCAUCUUUGUUUUCCUUUGUCCUUUGUUUCCUACAUUUUGAAUCAGAUUGCAUUUUAGUCAGGAAGACUUCUUGGGACCAUUCUUAGUAACCUGAAAUUUCUUUUUUAAAUGCAUGAAGUGGGUUGAUCAUGAGCAAAUGAUGUGCUUAUUUCUCCCUCACUGUUGAAUAUCUUUGAACUUGCUGUUCUCAAUUUGGGCAACACAAAGGUGAGAGAUACAUAUUAACAGUAGUAUGUAUUACUCUUAUACAUUAGAUACCUAUAUUUAAAUGAAAGGCCCAAUUUGUAAACAUAUGCAUUCAUAUUUUCUCUUGCCCCAAGUUUUAGGAACAUGUUAUGAUAUAGGAGACUUAAUUUAUAAUAACGAGAGCAUUUUUUUUUAUUUUACUAAAACCAUUUUUGUAGUCAACUAUCUUUUCUUAUUUGUGUGAUUAGAACAUAGAAAAAUAUUUACUAGUUGAAGUUAUUAUCAGUUUUUAAUUUAGUUCUUAAACUCAUUUGACUUCUAACAAUUUCUGUUAUGAAUUGCCAGCAUUUUAAUGAAAAUCUAAUGAUGUAAUAGGCAUUUUCUUUAUUUGAACCUACCUCUUUUAUUUUCUGAACCAAAGAGAAAGAUGGACUGGUGUUUGUGAAAUAUUUUUAAAAAUGUAAUUUCAUUUAUAUUAGUUAUGUUUGAUAAAUAUCUUAGUAUUUUUAUAAUAUGAUAAGCCUGGGAUUCUACUUAAAGGGUUAUUUGUACUUUUGAGUAAUAUAUAAAGUGACAAUAUUAAGGUACAUGAUCAGCUCUUUCUAAUUUUACUCAUAAAAAUUAUGGAAGUGAAUAAUUUUGCUAACUUUUGAAAUUUCAAACUUCUGGAAAAUAUGAAAAUAUUCAUUGUUCAUUAUGAAUUUAAAUUGUUCCCUACUUAACAUUUGUAAGGUAUGAAUGUGAUUUGUCUGUACAUCUUGUAUCUUUUCCAAAAAAUAAUUCUGUAUCUUUUGGAUAAAAGCCGAGAGUUGAAGAUAGUAUAUUUCUGGCAGUACUGAAUAUUUACGUACAGUUUCUAUCAAAAAUAUAUAUUUGUUUCUAAAAUUACUUGUUUUCCAGUUUUUAUUUUUUUAGAGAAAAUUCUUAAGUCUCAGUUUCCUAAUUUAAAAAAAAAAAAUUGUAAAUAAAGCAAAAAGUGUGUCCUACAGCUUAGCCAGCUUAGAUGUUUGGCACCAGUUUGAAUCAUGUUUUUUACAUCUGGCUCCAUGUAGUCUUUCCAAACAUUUUGGCCCUUCCUGAGUAGCCUUUGUAGAUAUUAUCUGUAUGAUGCAUUUUGACACAAGAUGAUAUUUUUUGUGAUAUCAAAAUUCCACAUUUACCAACUAGAGUUACAGUCCUGGGGUUCACAGCACCAAGGGGGACCCAGAGCUACAGGAUUGGCCUGGCUCAUCUUGCCGUGGAGUAUUAGUUUGUCUUGAAAUUGUGGGGAAAAAAUUCUAAGUUGAAUUCACUGGUAAGUAAUUUUUUGAAAUUUUAUAAUGCAGAUUACAAAUGCAAAAUCUGACUUAAAAAUUAAAACAUAAGACUGCAGAGAAAUUCUGCAUUUCAACUCCAAUACUACCCAGGCUUCAGAAAUAACUUAUCAGUUAUUUCUGUAAGCUUCUCGCUUACCUGACUACCUGACAGGUAAGAUGGCGGUAGCAGACACUGGCAGUUCCCUGCCCACAUACCUGUCCCUAUCCACAGCUGCACAGGGCAGCUCUGUGUGCAAUUGCCAGCAUCUGCUCCUCUGUUUUCAGGGAACUUUUGUUAGAAAAAUGCUGCCAUAUUUGUUUCUUGCCUAUUAGUCUUGUCUCCCAGUCAAGAGAAUAAAUUUAUACAAGCAGA